UUUUUUUUUUUUUUUCCUUUCAAACACAUCAGAGAACACGGGGUCACGGGGAGUGUGACAACAACAGCAUAGAGAUACAUAAUAUAUGUGCGCACAGCUGAAGUCCUGGGGCUCUCCCCACGUGGUGCGUGUAUACUAAGUGAACUUUGUUUUUUUUUUUUUUUUUGUUUUUGUUUUUUUUUCCAUCCCGCGGAUGCGACAGCUCGGUAGGCUGUGCUUGGAAUUGUGUUUCUCAUGCGUCGUGGUGUUGAUCGUAGUUUGUGUGGUUGUGCUCGUCGGGAGUCAAUUGUGCGGGGUGUUCUGCUGGGACGGGCUGGAGUAAACAAUAAACGCCGUUGAUGUUGGCAACGAGUGACAGCGAAAGCAUUAAAGAUAAAACUGUGUAAUUUCCCCCUCUACGGUGCAAAAGAGCCAUUGUCGAGCGGAAGGCGGCAAUAUUAUCGUACAUGUAGGGCAUCGAAGGAGGUGCCGUGAGCACGUGCAUAUAGUGUCGCUUUACUCCCGAUCUCCAACUCAAUCCUCGGAGUAAUCAUGGGACCACUCCAGCACCGCUACAUGAUGAUGGGCCUAAUUGUCCUGGCUUGGGCUAGUCUGCACCGCAUCUCGACACUCGCCAGUACCACGGAAAUCAUAGCUCGCCAGCCGGACAACGAAUUGUACGACUUUCUCGGCUACGAGUACGUGACCGUCGUGCACUUUGUCGUACCCGAGGGCGCCGUAUCGGUCGGAUUCAAGUUCAUCAGCACAGAGGAAAAGGUUGGCGGGGUGGGAAAGUGCUACCCUCGCAACGUGACGAUAAACUUCAAGUCCGGCAGUUUGCCGCUCGUCAGUCCCGAUGGCUCGAAAAUCGAGACGAAAGUAUUGCCAAAUCGGCGGCGAAUUUACACCAUCGAGUCUCAGAGCAACGACUUCGAACACCUCUCCAACAUCCCCGCACCGCCACCCGGCGAUUGGUACGUGAUUGCCUACCGAUCCUGGGUCGAUCCCAACGACGAGCAGAUCAAACAAGCCGGUCUAGCUGCCAGCUGCAAGACAGUGCUGGAGGCAGAGAUGUCGAUCGAGCACCCCGACUUCACGUUCUCCCUGGGCCCCAACGCAUCGGCUCACUCGGUCCAACUGACCCGGCAAGUCGACUCCUCGGUAACCGAGUUCCGCGUGCCCCGCAACACCAACGCCUCGAGCCUCACCUUGAACUCCACCUGCGCCGAGAACUGCUCCAUCUCCGUACACGUAACCGCCGCCGAUCUCGUCUUUGCCGACAAGCUCAACGCCACCAGCGACACCUACCACUUCCGUGGCUUCAACGACGGCUCCUUGCACUACGUGACGCUACGCCUCGAGUCCGGCAACGCCAGCGACGUCACUCUCGAGCUCGUCCACCAACCGGCGGACCCGGGACUCCUCCAAGUGGUCAAGCUCACGAGGAAGACCCUGCCCGACUUCUUCAUGUUCGACUACGACCACCUGUCGCCGAGGGCAGAUAACAACGAGCCCUUUAACCUCACAGCCGGCAGUCUAGCCUUGCUGAGGUUCCAGGUCGGCCCGGUUUACGACACAGGCGGCACUCUAUCGAUCAGCAUGAGACUCGCCGAGGAGGAGGAGGACCAGUCGUCCAUCAGACUGGUGGGCUGUCUUUCCCUGGGCUACUACUCGACGGUGGGCCCUAUGGGCUCCUGCCACGGGCAAAAAGGGUCGAGGACGGCGGACGUGUACUCCCGCAACCACAGCAGCCCGGACGUCGUGUACGUGCCGUACCCCGAGCCGGGCACCUGGUACCUGACGAUCCGCGCCUUCGGCGUCGCUAACGCCAGUGGCUGCGAGUGCUUCGAGGACUGCGCCCUCAACGGGACCGGUUGCGGCGAGCCGGCGUGCGACUGCGUCCACGGGGUCGACGCUCGGAUUGAGACGAUCAUCCAGUCGUCGUUCUGCGUCGACGGCCACUGCGGCGAUCACGGGGUGUGCGUGAAACGGCUGAAUCGGGGCUCGGUGGUCGCCGCGUGCCACUGCACCGGGGGUUACCGUGGCUUCGACUGCGCCGAUGAUGCCUACGUGAUGAGCGACUGGCGGGCCGUGACCAGUAUCGUCUUGCUCACUUGCAGCAACGUGGCCUUCGUCGGGGCCGUUGUCGCCGCGAUCAAGCGUCACUACUACACCGAGGCUCUCGUCUACGGGACCGUCAUGUUCUUCUCGACCUUCUACCACGCCUGCGACGCUGCGGACGAGGAGCACAGUUUCUGUCUGUUCGGACUGAGCCUGAACGUGCUGCAGUUCGGUGACUUUUAUAGCGCGUUGCUGGCCAUCUGGUUGACUUUGGUGGCGAUGGCUUCGAUGGGCCGUAGGGUCACGUCGUUCUGCCAGAUGUUGGGCGUCAUAGUGCUCGCCAUGGGCGCCGAGAUGGACCGCAUGGCUCUGUGGGUGUUUCUGCUGCCGGCCUUCUUUGGCUUUGGCCUCGUUGUGGUCUCAUGGGCCCUCAAGUGCCGACAGAAAGGUACACUGGCGUACCCGGCGCGCGCUUACCGGCUGUUUUAUCUGCCGGCCGGCUUGGUGAUUGUGCUCAUUGGACUCGUGUGUUUCGCGUUUUUGCAGACGCGCAGCAAUUAUUACAUCGUGCACAGCGUGUGGCAUGUAUGCGUCGCCGUUGGCGCCGCUUUACUGCUGCCGAGUCGCGAGCACAUGCUCUGAUGAAAAUCGCCUUGUCAGAGAAACCUGGUAGAAAAUUUUGGAGUUUUGCGACGCGACUCUGUCGGGUUUGUGAUUUAGACCCAAGAGACAAAAAAAAAAAAAAAAAAAAAAAAAAAAAAAAAAAAAAAAAAAAAAA